CGCGUCGGGCCGUGGCGGGAUCCGUCCGCGUGCUUUGUCGAGUCCCAGCCCGCUCCGCGCUCGCUGUACCUCGCGCUGCCCGUCGCGCCUUGUCAACCCGCUGUGUACGCGCUGUCUCGAGGGUUCGCGCGCCCCUCCUUCUCCCUAGUUUCUUGUAGAGCCCAGGCCACGCCCGUUUCCCGCCUCCAGGGCCUGGCUCGUUUCCGCCCCAGCCCGCCCCUCUCUGAGCCCCUGCUGCUUGUGCUGGAGGUGGAGGCUCCAUGUUGUCCCCUCAGCGAGCGGUAGCGGCUGCAUCGGGAGGAGCAGGUGAUGCUAUGGAGAGUGGAAAGCCUGGUCCAGUGCAGGUUGUUUUGGUUCAGAAAGACCAACAUUCUUUUGAGCUAGAAGAGAAAGCCUUGGCCAGCAUCCUCUUACAGGACCACAUCCGAGACCUUGAUGUGGUGGUGGUGUCAGUGGCUGGUGCCUUCCGAAAGGGCAAGUCCUUCUUUCUGGACUUUAUGCUACGAUACUUAUAUUUACAGAAGGAAGGUGGCCAUUCAAAUUGGUUGGGUGACCCAGAAGAACCGUUAACAGGGUUUUCUUGGAGAGGGGGCUCUGACCCAGAAACCACUGGGAUUCAGAUCUGGAGUGAGGUUUUCACUGUGGAGAAGCCAGAUGGGAAGAAGGUUGCAGUUGUUCUGAUGGAUACCCAGGGGGCAUUUGACAGCCAGUCCACUGUGAAAGAUUGUGCUACCAUCUUUGCUCUAAGUACCAUGACUAGUUCUGUUCAGAUUUAUAAUUUGUCCCAGAACAUUCAGGAAGAUGAUCUUCAACAGCUACAGCUCUUCACAGAAUAUGGUCGUCUGGCGAUGGAUGAAAUUUUCCAAAAACCCUUCCAGACACUGAUGUUUCUGGUUCGAGACUGGAGUUUCCCUUACGAAUACAACUAUGGACUACAGGGAGGAAUGUCGUUUUUGGAAAAGCGUCUGCAGGUGAAAGAGCAUCAACAUGAAGAAAUUCAGAAUGUCCGAAAUCACAUUCACUCAUGUUUCUCCAGCGUCACCUGUUUUCUGCUACCACAUCCAGGACUCCAGGUGGCCACAAGCCCUGAAUUUGAUGGCAAAUUGAAAGAUAUUGCCAGUGAAUUCAAAGAGCAGUUACAGACACUGAUUCCAUAUGUACUAAACCCAGCUAACUUAAUGGAAAAGGAGAUCAAUGGCUCAAAAGUCACCUGUCGGGGGCUAUUGGAGUAUUUUAAGGCAUAUAUUAAAAUUUACCAAGGAGAAGAUCUGCCUCACCCCAAAUCCAUGCUUCAGGCCACCGCUGAAGCCAACAAUUUAGCAGCUGCAGCCUCUGCCAAGGACGUUUAUUAUAACAACAUGGAAGAGGUUUGUGGAGGAGACAAACCUUAUUUGUCUCCAGACAUUCUAGAGGAGAAGCACUGUGAGUUCAAACAACUUGCUCUGGACCAUUUUAAGAAGAUAAAAAAGAUGGGUGGGAAGGAUUUUAGCCUUCGUUACCAGCAGGAGCUGGAGGAGGAGAUCCAGGAGCUCUAUGAGAACUUCUGCAAGCACAAUGGUAGCAAGAACGUCUUCGGCACCUUCCGAACCCCCGCAGUGCUCUUCACAGGCAUUGUGGCUUUGUACAUAGCCUCAGGCCUCACUGGCUUUAUUGGUCUUGAGGUGGUGGCCCAGCUGUUCAACUGUAUGGUUGGACUGCUGUUAAUAGCACUUCUCACCUGGGGCUACAUCAGGUACUCUGGUCAGUAUCGCGAGCUGGGCAGCGCUAUCGAUUCCGGGGCAGCGUAUGUAUUAGAGCAGGCCACUUCUCACAUUGGUAAUUCCACUCAUGCUGCUGUGAAGGAUGCAGUUGUUGGGAGACCACCUGAGAAUAAAAAAGCUCAGUAGCAUCUUAACAAAAGGAUCCAACAAGAACCUGGCCAGCCCCUUCUGAUUUCUGGGCUUCUGCCGUGGCCACAGGUCCAGCUCCCGAGGAACGCAGACCUGGGACCAUCUGGGAAGAGCUGAAAUGAAACACGGCACUAAUAAAUGAACAGACCUUUCCUGUGGUUUCCCAUUGUUAAACACACUUCCAUUUCUCUUGGAAGCAUUUCUUUUUCUUGCUGGUGUAGAUCCAAGCCUGUGUCUGUUCUCUUAUUACUCUCUGCUUUGUGCACUUUAUGGGGGAAAAAGCUAAAAGAAAAAAUGCAAAUGCAGUUUUAAGUCCUUUAUGUGCCACUUAGUGCCUUUUAAGAUUGAAUCCAUGCUUUUGAGGACAUAAUAGGGAGGGAAUUGAGAAUAACCGCAUGAAAGGUGCUGUUUUGGUGAAUUGUCAGUUCUUUUGUACUUUACUCUUUUGAGUUUUUUAAAGUUUACAAAACUUGCAAAAGCUUCAAAACUAAAGACUGACUAAAAAUGAUGCCAUUACACUUUUAAAGUCUAUAAUAUUUGAGAAUUAUGUUUGCCACACAGUAUGGAAAAAUUAUAUCAUAUUUAAAUCUACCAUACACUGAAAUUUAAGGUCUGUUUCCUGAUAGGCUGGCAGUUUUGUUAGAACAUAUUCUGGGGUCUUUUUUUUUUUUGCUUUCUUUCAUUCCUAUAGCUUCUUGCCAGAAAAGAGGCAAACAUGCCUUGAAAAGCCAGAGCAGCUCAUAAUAAAUGGAAUGAGCUUAAUACUUUAAGGAAAAAACUUGAGUUUAAAUGAACCAUGUGACCUCUGAUAAGUCAUUUGAACUUGUGCCUUGGUCAGAUUCACUGAUUGUAGGUUUAUAUACAUAUGUAUAUUAUAUAUAACUCACACACAGUUGUCAUUUGAGAGUUUUUGUUUUUUAGAGUUAUGCAUGAGAACAGAACUUUAUCAAGGAUUAGAGGAAAGACAUUUACCAAACAUACUGCCUUUAAUUGAUGUCCUGUUUCAUGUGGCUUAGCAGUAAAUCAGGUCUUUAUCUACAAUGUUUAUUUGCAUUAUCCUAUUCACUAAUAUUUUUAAUAAUGGAGCUAAAACCAGUUUUAUUUAGUGAGUCAUGCUUUAUGUAACUUUAUACAUGACUAGUCUGGUAGCUUUAAAAUAGCUUUGGCUUAGUAAGGACCAAAGUCCCACACAAAUAUGGACAUAUAAUAUCCAGAAGUAUCUAAGAAUUCUUCUUUAUUUACCUUGGUCAUGUGAUAAAUUUAUCAGUUGCCUUUUCCUUUGAUUUAUAACGAUGAAUUGUAGAUUGUAAAACUUCAUAAAACUUGCCUGCAAGUAUUUAUAUAAACAUUCAAGUAUGUGAGCCUUAAUUCUUAAGAUAAUUUAAUUUUUGUUGUGGGAGGGAGGGUGGGAGGUUUAGGCAAAUUCUGAGAGUAAAUUCUAUAUAGGUGAAGUAUGAAUGAAAGGUGGAAAAAGUCUCUUUUAGCCUGUAAUCUGUCAAAGAAUAUUUUUCUUGACUAUUUUAAUACUUUACCACUUAAGUAUUUUUUAAGUUUUGAAUUAAUUCCAAGUGUUUUAUAUAUUUUUUCAUAUUUACAUAUCAUCUUGCCCUGAAGCCCUUGCUGUUUCAUUCAGUAGCGGUUAAAAUUUAGAAAAAUUCCAGCUUGUUCUAAAAACUGUUUACUUGCAUAUCAGAGACACUUAGCUUUAUUAUUAAUAAAUUAAAAGCUUAGUUUUGAAAUUUUGGUGCAUCUUCAGGUGGCCUCUCAUCUCCCUGAAGGUUCAUACUUAUUUGCUAAAGGCCUUACAGAUAUUGAGAUACUUAGCAUUUAAUGCAUUUGUAUAAUAAGCACAUUUAUAGAUUUCAGAAAAAUUGUCUAGAAUUACCCUACUUUUAAUGGUUGAGAAAAGGCUGCUGUGUUUAAAAUUUAUUUUAAUACUAAAAUAUCAGAUUUUUUAAAAUAAAAAAUAUGUGAUAAUGUAUGAUUUAAUGAAAUCUCAGAAUUUAGUUACUGUUUAAAUUCACCAUUUCUGUUUUGAUCUUAAAGGAAUAACUGUUUAAUUCCCCUGGGGAAGCCUUAUUUUUUUUGUCUUUAUUAGUUAACUUAUUCUGCCUCUGGAAAUUGUUUAUAAAGUUUUCUCAGUGAGGAUUUUUAUGAGUUUUCUUGGCUUUUUUUUUUUUAAACAGAAAAUGAUGAUUUUAUGUCAGUUUUUCCAAUAAAAGGCACAUUCUCAUUGCUGGUUAUAAAUAGGUCUUUUACCCCUUACUUUCUCUCAGCCAUCAGUUUGUGGGUCAGGACGUUACUUAGGACUGUAAGUUUUUGCCUGGUGUUUGUUGCUCUGCCUCUCCUGCCUUUCCAGGCAAGCAUGUUUAAUUUGCACAUUCCUAACAGUCUAUGGGGCACAUUCCUAUUAAUAUAUAAAAGGUUUUCAGAAUUUUCUAUGAAAAAUUCAUUUUAGGAGAGGUUAAAUGUUAAGUUUUUCAGUUUUUUUUUUUUAAUACUUCCAGUUAGCUUCUAAGUAAAAGUAGUAGAAUCAAAAUUUCGAUUUUUUUUCACUGAGAAAUCUUUCUAGAUUGGUGUGUAGACAAGAUGAGGGAAAACUAUCAUAUAUGAUGAUAGGAUAUUCUCAGAGUCAUACCUUAUUUUAUCAGUACAUCAAGAAAGCUGCUUGUCCUGUGGAAGUUUAUGUAGUAACAGCUGUUUCAUACUUGGUAGAGUUGCCUGCGUGUAUUGUAUUGUUUUUGUUUUACCUGGUCUUUCUUUUCUUCUCUUUCAUGAAGCAAAAUGCUUUAGGUGAGCAAACAGACAAACUGCCUUGUACUGGCAGCGCGUUUCUUUUAACAGAUCAUACCCAGCGUUACACCUGGCUUAUGAAAACGGUGUCUUGGAUAGAGUGAGUUUGGAUGAGUAUGUAUGUAUGUGUGUAUAAGUAGUUGAUUUAGGUCCAGUUAAAAGUGAUUAAAAAACAGUUUUAUUUUUCCCUAGAGUAUUUUUUUUAAAGUAAUGUAACUUACAUGGACAUCUUCAUGAAACUAUUUUGUCCCCUUAGAACUAUUGAAAUGUAAUUUAGGAUUAUUUAGGAUGGCUGCCAUCUAAGGUUGCCAACUUGGGCUGCAUCAUUGCGGCUUACCUUUCGAUCCAACAAAAUUGUAGUCAGGUGUAACGAAGACAAACUUCAGUUACUAAAAUACAAACUGUUUGUGUAGGUGGUGUUUUAAAAUGACAUUCAGAAGCCCAUUUGUAAGAGACCAUUUGCAGUUGAAUAGUUUUCCUUCAGUAAAGCCAUGUUGUAGCUGUGUUUUGGAUAGUGGUUCUCAUCUGUCCUGAAGUGCAUAAAACUUACCCCUGGGAGGCAUGUUUAAACAAAUUCAACUUCCUAGGUUUAUACCCAGGGAUUGCCUCAGUGGGUCUGAGUCUGGGUCUGGAAUAACCACUUUUAAAAACAGCAUCGCAAAACAAACAAACAAAACAGCAUUGCAGGUGGUUCAGAGACCACAGCGAGAGAGACUGCUUGGAGGGGUGGGAAAGUGCAAUUCAGUAAUGUCUGCGGCAAGCGGACGGCUUUUGCCUGAGGUUCAGCAUAGGUGGUCUAUUGCCAGAUACAAUUGCUGAGAGCGUAUGGUGUUCAGAAUAAUAAGGAUGCCUUUAGAGGAUUAUCUAAGCUCCGUGAAAAUGUUUUGCAAAAUUAGGAAGUCCUAGUGCCUUCUCUGAAAAAUGGAUGUACAAAAUAUCCUAUUUACUAAUAGGUGUAAUUAGGAUUAAAACAAAAACAACUAUUUUGAAAGUUUUUCUUUUAAAAAGCAAAAUUCAGCACUGACUUGAACCUCUAAAUCUUUCAUGCACAGAAAACCUUAAACCAUAAAUAAAAAUGAACAAAAAGGAAGGAGAGGAUCUUAACUUUGAAAAUGAGUGACAAAAUAUCCCUUGCCAGGGACUUUCAAGACAGAUCUAAGGGCAGAAAGAUUUUAGAAGAAAUUGUUCUUCCUGGGAAAGGAAUUUCACGUGCCAGAACUAAAAUUUAAAUGUAGUGUUCUUAUGACCAAGGGAAGGUUGCAUUUGAUUCCCAAAGUUUUCCAACUUCGAUGAAUAAAUGCUGUCAUGGACCUAAGCCUUAAAGGAGUUCAUAUUAAUUUUGAGCAUAUACACAUUUUCCUGUCAGAUUCUUCUUAAAAAAAAGAUUUGUUCAAAGCACUUUCUUUCCCCUAGACCCUUGUUGAAUGGCUUUAAAAUUUACUAUACUUUUUUAAAAAAGUGCAAUGGGUUAGAUUAUGCUAUUAGUAUAUUGAAAGCAUGUUUCUGUUUCUUAGUUUUAAGGUCAUUUAAUGAAAUAAAGAUCACAGCACCAUG